AUGCAGGAUCUGUUACAAAAAUAUUCUCAAAUUACAACACCAUUCCGGUAUACAGAAACCGUUCGUCACAAUGCUGAGCACCACAUUCAUACUACGGGCCCACCCACGCAUUCAUCUCCACGGCGAUUGGGGCCUGAUAAAUAUAAACUGGCGAAAGCCGAGUUUCAGCACAUGCUGGACCUUGGUAUGAUUAGACCUUCUUCGAGUCCUUACUCAUCUCCUUUUCAUAUGGUUCCAAAACCGGACUCAGGAGCUUGGAGACCUUGUGGCGACUUCCGGAAGCUGAAUGCUACUACAAUUCCGAAUAAAUACCCCAUCCCGCACUUGCACGAUUUCGUAGUGGGUUUGCAGGGCGCCACAGUCUUCACCAGACUUGAUCUGGUGAAAGCAUUCCACCAGAUACCAGUGGCCAAGGAAGACAUCCAUAAAACAGCAAUAACUACUCCUUUUGGCUUAUACGAAUUUGUGAGAAUGCCAUUUUGUUUAAGGAACGCCGCACAAUCUUUCCAACGGCUUAUAGACGAAGUGCUGAGAGGUUUACCUUUCACCUUUGCCUAUAUUGAUGACGUCCUGAUCGCCAGUAGAAACAAGACCGAACAUCGUCAUCACGUUGAACAAGUUUUCCAGCUUUUGAAUUAUUUACCCAAAUAUGGCACGGUCAUCUCACGAUGGCUUUGCCGGAUGCUGUUCAAGGUGGAUGAAGCGGAAAUGGAUUUACGAACGGAAUUAAGAGAUUUGAAAGCAGAACAGAAUACAAUUAGCAUGUGGAUCGACACAUUCAGCACUUUCUUCGUUGAGCAGCAAACUUUCCGCCCAGCUCUCAGAUGUGUUGUCAGAAUCUUUCUCGGAUGCGCCGUAACUGUGGUGCGGGCAUAG